AUGUCUCAAAUUUCUUGUUUCUCUCCCCUUCGUCAUCACUUCCUCUUCUCCUUGUUGAUACUUCUUCUUUUCUCAAUAUUUCAUGCCUCUGAUGCAGCGACUAAACUAGUUGACAAGGUUUGCAAACAAACUUCAAGUUAUUCAUUCUGCGUCCAGUCUCUUUACACUGACUCGCGAACCCCAGAAGCUUAUGAAUAUACACUGGCUUACAUUGCAGUUCGUUUGGCUUCCAUCAAUGCUACCUCCACCCAACACUACAUAUCCGAUCAGCUUAAGUUAACUAGCAUCAACGGCUCUGGCCGCCAUGAGCAGCAGCAGCAGCAGCAGGAACGUCUCCAGAUUUGUAGCCGCGGUUACAGAAGGGCUGUUUCAGCCAUGGAAAUGGCCUACAACGACUUGGACUCCGAGACCUACUUUGAAUUGGCUAGGCUGGCAGGCAAAGCCUCAAGCGGUGCUAGUGAUUGCCAGGCUGCUUUCAAGAGAAUUCAUUCACCAACAGUACUAGCAAAAGGGAACCAAGACUUGAUUUCAAAUGAUUUACAGGGAACCAGGCAUAGCGCUACUCCAUUGCAAAAGAUUGAUAAGCCCGGUGGGAAGGCUUCAUUGCAAAAGAUUGACAAGCUCGGUGGAAAGGAAGACGAAGCAUAUCUUUUCCUUAAUAUUGAAACAAGAAGGGUAUCAUUAAGCAUUCUAGAUCAAAAUAACAUCGUGUGCGCAGGCCCUUGCAGAGAGCAGAAAAUUUGGACUGAAUUGGAGGGUGCGCCAGGCCCUUGCAGUAGUGCAACGCAUGGACGACGCUCGAGGAACCCAAGAGAGGGAGAGAUUUGCAGUGAGCUGAGCUCGGUUUGGCCUGGAAUUGAGCCAGCCUGGGGGAGUACAUGGAGUAGUAAUACCUUAGCAGCUUAG